AUCUAGUUUCCUGAUCAGUCCUGUGUGCUCUGGUUUUGUUGUCUGUGCUAAUGACCCUAGUGGACUUUAGAUUUUACUCUUUGUAUUUGUUCUGGCUUCUUGGUUUUGUUGUAGGAUACUUUGGGUUAAAUUGUGUCAGCAUGUCGCUGAAUUAUGUGAUACAAGCUAGCAGCCUACUCUGUCUAGCAUUGUCUUAAUGUGACUUCCUCUACAUAUUGUGUCAUAGCACGAGGCAGCACUGAAGGAAAGGCUCCAUGCUUGCUGCUUGUAUUUUGUGUCCCUGCUUCCCUCCACUUGAAGAUUUAGAACGGCAGGCCACCUCUGAGCUGUUCUUUGACCAUGGAAGCCCGUUGUGAGCCUUGAGCUGUAGCCAGCAAGUACAGAAGGUCUGCUAACGCUUCGUUCAGUGGGAGGAAGCGUGUAAACGCAGGCAAGGCGGAGUCCCGGAAGGAUUUGCUGAAAGAUAUUACCAACAAUAAGGAAGACGUAGCUGAUGCCAUGGCCGGAGAUGAAAAUUUGCCGGAGCGGGUCAGUGAUUCAAAAGGCUCUUGCGACAAGAGUGACUCAAAGGAGCACACACAAGAUAACACCAAUAAUCCACAUCCGGACUCAAAUUACAAAACAUGUUGGGUGGCAGAAAACGGGAUCUGUGAACGGGACACAGGAGACAUCCGGCAACAGCACCCUUUGAAAGUUAACCCCACACAGACUUCAGUAGUAGGGAGCAACGGGUACAUAUUAAACAAAUCUGUUGGCCUUCAGCAGCCUUUACGGACUUCUGGUUCCCCGCUGAGCGGGCAUGCCGCAAAGACUUUGCCCGGAGCAUCUAACAAAGCUAAGGCAGCCGCCAGUGCACAUGUACCCCCGUCCCUUUCUCCAACACCACCACAAGCGGGUGAUCAGGUCAGAGAUGACAGCCCAAGCUCAACAGACUCGCCUGCCCCAGACUUGAAAAUACACAGAGCACGGAAAACCAUACCGAAGACUGGCUGCAGUUCGCCUCAACAUAAAGACUCCCAGGAAUUGACAGAACAAGAGGAAGCCAAGGAAGAAAGCACACCCAAAAAUAGUUUUGAGGUUGAAAAUCCUUCAUCACAGCCACAAUCAAAUGCACUACAAGAGCUUAUACCUCAGGGUCAGAGCAGCAUGGCACUGGCAAGAGCUCAGUCUGCUGCUGCAGUGUCUCGAAAGAAGAAGCGACGGAUGGGAACAUACAGCUUGGUGCCCAAGAAAAAGGCCAAAGUGCUGAAGCAACGAUCAGUUCUGGAGAUGUUUAGGAGCAUGACCAAUGCUUCCUCCAGUCCCAAGAGUGACAAGGAGUCGGAAACCCCACAUAUAAAUGGUGAGAACAUGGAAAUGGAUUCUGAUGAGGAGGACUCUGAGGACCCUGAAGAGGAGGAUUACCACAGUGGCGAGCCAAGCAUCUCUGAGCACCAGGAUGAUCUUCCAGCUCCAUCUGAAGGCACACCAGAAUCAGACACCCUAAAGAAGGUGGAUGAUUUGGAAUCGGAUGGUGAUGAAGAGGCAGAAUCUUUGGAGUCACAAGAAGAGGAAGAUGGGAAUGAAUCAGAUUUAAGCUCAGAGUCCAGUCUUCGGAAGAAAAGCCAGGCAAAGCACAAAGGGAGUGCUGAGACCCCAUGGAUGAAAGCUGAAAAGACAAGGAGACCGAGGAUCAAAGCAAAGGCCAAAUCAGUGGGUGAUAACGAGGGUCAAGAGACCAGCGCUGAAUAUACAGAGGUGUCAUUGGAUUCUCUGGACCUACGAGUAAAAGAAAUCUUAUCACCUCAAAAAGGUCUUCCCAAUGGGUCCGACAACAUGGAGGUGGAUGGGCUUCAGGGAAUUCCACUUUGUAGCUGCCGGAUGGAGACCCCAAAAGAAGAUGAACUGAUGGAAAAAGCCGGAGAUCGAUGCAUGGCUGUCGAGAGCUCUGACCAGGAGCUGAGCCGCUGUGGGAGAGAGGUGGUGAAGCACGAAGUGAUGAGACCAUCGAACAAGGUUCGGCACUUGGUGUUGUGUGAAGACCACCGGGUGAAGAUGGUCAAACACCAGUGUUGCCCUGGGUGUGGCUAUUUCUGCACUGCCGGCACAUUCAUGGAGUGCCAACCAGAAACCAGCAUUUCCCACCGCUUCCACAAAGCUUGUGCCACUCAAGUCAACAAUGCCAGCUACUGCCCACACUGUGGCGAGGACGUCUCAAAGGCCAUAGAGGUUACCAUUGCGAAAGCAGAUACCACCUCAACAGUGUCCACUAUAGCCUACGAGCCAGAAAUUGAGGCCCCGGCUGAAGGACAAGCUGACACAACAACAGAGAGUGAUGUUUCAGCACAGAAAGCUGUGGAAGAGUCGAAGACGGAGACCACACCUCCACAGACCGGUGAGACUGCUGAACCACCCAACGCAGGGAAAUCUCCUAUCCUGUCUCAGGGACACGUGAAAGAGACGCUGGAAAGUGCUCUACUUGCUUUGGACUCAGAAAAGCCAAAGAAAUUACGCUUCCACCCCAAACAGCUGUAUUUUUCUGCAAGGCAAGGGGAGCUCCAGAAAGUGUUGUUGAUGCUUGUUGAUGGCAUUGACCCUAACUACAAGAUGGAGCAACACGCGAAGAGAACACCUUUGCACGCCUCUGCAGAGAUGGGCCAUACAGAUAUCUGCCACAUGCUUGUUCAGGCUGGUGCUAACUUGGAUAAUUGCUCUGAAGAGCAGAGGACACCCCUGAUGGAUGCAGCUGAGAACAAUCAUUUGGAAUCUGUUAGGUAUCUGGUCAGAGCUGGAGCUUUGCUUGAUCCCAAAGACUCUGAAGGUUCCACAUGUUUGCAUUUGGCUUCCAAAAAGGGCCACUUUGAUAUAGUGAAGUAUCUGCUCAGCAAUGAGCACAUGGAUGUCAACUGCCAGGAUGAUGGUGGUUGGACACCGAUGAUUUGGGCCACAGAAUACAAACACUUGGAACUUGUUAAGCUGUUACUAUCCUGCGGAGCUGACGUCAAUAUCCGGGACAAUGAGGAAAACAUAUGUCUGCACUGGGCAGCUUUCGCCGGAUCUGUUGAAAUUGCAGAGAUCCUUCUGGACUCUAAAUGUGACCUUAAGGCUGUCAACAUUCAUGGCGACUCCCCACUUCACAUUGCCGCUCGGGAGAACAGAUACGGAUGUGUUGCACUUUUCCUUGCUCAUGGUGCCCAAGUGAGCUUGAGGAAUAAGGAAGGUGAAACACCAGUGGAAUGUUGCAGCCCCAGUUCUGAAGUCUGGGCAGCUUUAAAGAAGAGCAUAAACCCAUCAGAGAGACCCAAGACAGAAGAGACAGUGCUCAAUAGGGAUAUUUCGAGGGGAUACGAAAACAUCCCGAUACCAUGCAUUAAUGGUGAAGACUCUGAACCUUGUCCCAUCAAUUACAAAUAUGUGUCGCAGAACUGUGUGACCUCCCCGCUGAACGUAGAUCGAAAUAUAACUCAUCUUCAGUACUGUGUGUGUAUAGAUGACUGCUCAUCUGGAAACUGCAUGUGCAGCCAGCUCAGCAUGCGGUGUUGGUAUGAUAAGAGUGGACGUCUUUUGCCAGAAUUCAACAUGGUGGAACCCCCGCUUAUAUUCGAAUGUAACCAUGCUUGCUCUUGCUGGAGGAAUUGCCGCAAUCGAGUGGUACAGAAUGGUUUGAAAAUCAGAUUACAGCUUUUCCGGACCAAGAAUAAAGGCUGGGGAGUGCGGUCUCUACAGGACAUUCCCGCAGGGACGUUUGUGUGCGAGUAUGUUGGAGAACUGAUUUCAGACUCUGAAGCAGACGUGCGUGAAGAUGACACCUUCCUGUUCGAUUUGGAUAACAAAGACGGUGAGGUUUACUGUAUCGAUGCUCGAUUUUAUGGAAACAUUAGUCGCUUCAUCAACCAUCUCUGUGACUCCAACCUUCUUCCUGUCCGUGUAUUCAUGUCCCACCAAGACCUGCGUUUCCCGCGGAUCGCCUUGUUCAGCAGUCGACACAUCUGUUCCGGAGAGGAGAUUGGGUUUGAUUAUGGGGACCGUUUCUGGGACAUUAAAGGCAAACUGUUCAGCUGCCGCUGUGGCUCUCCCAAAUGCAAACACUCUUUGCUGAAACCUGCCCCACCAUGCCAGCCUGCCACCCCAGCUGAGGCACCACAAGAAAAUGGGCUGCCUGACACCAGCUCCUCUGGCCUGCUCAGCCACUCUUGAGAAAAAUUUGGACCUAUUCCUUUUUUUAUUUUACUGUUUUUUGCCAAGUUUAAUAUAGCGCUAAAAAUCUGGAUCCUGGGUUUCUGACAGGCAGGGGUUGUUCUGACAAGUGCAUGUCUGGCCAAAUAUUUUUUUUUUUAAUAGGAUGGAGAAGGAUUAGAACCCCUCUUCGCCCCCCCCCCACACUAUUUGUGUGUUUGUUGCACAGGUACACCAGAUGGCAGUUAAACGUGACAGAGGUUCUAGCCCUUCCUUGCUAUAAUGGGAAGAAGAAAAAAAAAAAGUUUUGGCUGGACACAUACACUUGAAAUCAUCUGCUCUUUUUACAGUCUUUUGUAAUGGGGAGCUUAACAACACUAACAAAGAUGCUUCCUAGAAUCCAUUUUAUCUUUUCUGAUUCAAAGCCGUUGCAAAUUGUGGUGAAUCUCUCUCCUGCCUCAGAGACCCAAAGCGCAGCUUUGGGAGUGAACAGGCAAAAGUAUUUCUGCCCCUCCAGGGGAGCAACUGUAUUAAUUCGCUCUGUCACUCACACACAGUUCAAGCAAACAGUUAUUGCGUUAAUGUUCCCUGUGUUCAGAGUGUCCUACCACAAAAGCAGAGACUGACCAGUAAGAGACAUUUUGCAUCCCAGACAGCUCUACUCUUAGCUCCUUGAUGAAUAAGUAUACCUGGGCAACACACAGGGACACUUGGCUCGUUUCAGAUCAAAAGUUAUUUAAGCUGAGUGGCUACCUAUAUACAGGGCUUAUUUUCGUGCUUGGGGCAUUACUACCUUAAAGGAUUUGAUUGGCUGCUUUGAAGAACAACAUCACUGGAGAUCUGCAGCUUAUUUAUACCUAGCAUAAGAGGUGUUUGAAUAAUCCCUCUAGCUGGUGUCUUAGUGUAGAUACAGUAGGCCAAGGAAAGUCUUUUUCUUGACCCUCAUUAAUUUGGAAUUUUUUUAUAUUUAUGUAAUUUUUAGCCAUCGUAGAUGCCCUGUAGCUUUUAACAGCCCCAGGGACUCUUUCAGGCACAGUGAAAUCUUGCAACCCCACCAAAGUCAUGAAACACGAAGCCAAAUUCAGUGAAAAUUAAGGCAAAUAAUUUCAAAUAAAAAGCUUGAGUUAGUUUGUGUCUUCCUAUUUUUGGAAGUGGAAAUACUCUUCUUAGCGCCAGUAUCCUUUGGCACCUUGAAGAUGUCCGUGCGGACUGCUGGUCAUAUUUUGCAUGAUGUCAUUGCAGGUUUGCAUCAAAAUGCAAUAUUUAGAUGUCACCUCGGUCCCAAACCCUUGGUGCCAUGAAUUUGGAAUGGGUUCGACUUCAAAGACUUCCCCUUUCUAUCCAAAGAUUCCAUUUGUUUGGCUGGGGUUGGGUUUAAAGCACAUUGUCAGCAACCCCAAAAGUUCCUCAGCUCAGCUGGCAGCAGGAGUGAUAGAUGACCUUGUUCAGAGGACAGCAUGAUGGCUCUUCCAGGCUUUAAGCCCUUUUCUAUUGAAAGUAAGGGAAAUUGUAACAUAAGUGGUAGAUUUGCAUCAAACUAGGCAGACGGUAGUAAUAAUAAUGGUGUUUUCUGAAGCUGGUCUCUUUGUCAUGUACCCCGUUCUCCUCAUAACCAGUGAGAUGGUUCCUGGGGGUAAUGAAGCAGGAAUGGCACAGUAAACGCACAGUUGCCUUUUAUUUGCUUUGAUUGGUUGACCGCCAACAAAAUGCCACAGGUUAGUCACAUUAUACAGCAAUUGAGGUUUCCCUGGCUUCAUGUACCUGCAAUGUCUUACUGAGGACAAGGGUGCUCCAUCUGGUUGUUAGUUGGCAAGGCUUCUGCCAACCAACCUGAAUUCACAAACCAUUAGCAUUAGUGAAUAAAAGACCCCUUCCGCCCUUCGCUGCAUUCAACAACCUCUGUAAAACAAUGUUCGUAAAUUUCACAGGAAAAGCAAGUUUAAUAUUAAUCAUUUCAAGAAAAAUAAAAAAUAAAUGACUUGUUUGAGAAUAGUUCAGGACACCUGUAAUUCAAGCAUCUUCAAACAUAGUUGUCUGUGCAGAUAUUAUAAAAAAAAAUAUUUUUUGUCUCUUAAUGGUCUGCUCAUGAAAACUACGGUCACACCCUACUCUUUCUGUUAGGUGGACCAGUAUCAUGAAUUGUGUUUUUUUUUUUUUUUUUUUAAGUAAACCACUUAUGUGCAAAAUGUUGACCUUUGAGGCCACCCUGCCAAGCUGGAACUUAACCAUUGCAGUUUCCAUGGACCUGCCACUGCCCGUCAGUUGGAAAAAGACUUCUACCAAUGGCCAACGGGACAUGUGUUUUCAAUGUAAUCCAUAGAUGAAUUCCUACAGAGUCUUUUUACAGCAAACAGUUUUGACAGUAACAGAGGAAAAUAAAAAAGGUGCUGAAACAACUGAUUUAUAUACUGGACAGAUUAUUGUACCAUAAAAUAUCUGAUAUUAGGUUGAACUACCAGAAGAAAUACCUUCCUUUUUUCUUUUCUUUUUUUUUUUUUAAGAAAGACAAAUUGUUCUAGUACUAUAGUGUGAAUAUAUAUUUUUUUUUUUUGUAUUUUAUUUGUUUUAUUUCCUCGUUUUGGUUUUCCGGUUAUUUUAAAAAAUAAAAAGGCUGCCAUUUUUCCAGUGGAUUUUAAUUUGUAAUUUUUUUAAUUUGUUUUUGGUGCAGCCACUGUUGUGGUCUUUUUUUCUGUCCGUCUUUUUUUUUUUUUUUUUUUUUCCCACUCCAUCCUCUAUUCCCCCUUCCCCCAAUUCCCUUGGACCAUUGCUAGUCUUCACCCUUGAUUUCCUGUUUUUGUUUUUGGUAAAACAAUAAAAAAUGCUUUGAACCUU